GGGGAGAAGAGAAAGGUUUUAUUCUUCCAAUCUCUCUCUGCCCUCGCAGCCGUCCCGCGGAGCCCCUCAUUGGAUCACCCGGGAACAGCAGCGGCGGAUGCUCCUCCGUAGCAGCAGAGGAGCGCAGAGGAUCAAAGGCGGAGUGGCAACUCAGCGUUUCUCAACUUCUACAACUUGGAAGUGUGUGGACUUCAACUCCCAAGAUUCCCGAGCAAGCGUGGCUGGGGAAUUCUGGGAAUUGAAGUCCGCCUAUCUUCAAAUCGUUAAGCUUUGAGGAACGAUGCCGGAGGCUGUCGCUCCGCAGGAGUCGGCAGACCCGGUGCACGUGCUCCCCUGGCUGCAGAGUUGAAAAGGAGACGAGUAGGAGGAGAAAGCAGGGGAGGGGGUUUCUGCGCCGCCGAGAGAGGCGGUGAGACGCGGAGCAGGAGCGACCCAAACGGGCGGUAGUGACGCCCUCUCAGCUGCGGCAGGGGCGUUCAUCUCGCCUUUCCGCCGACCGUGGUGGCUGCAGCAGCAGCAGCAGCAACUGCUUUCUCCUUCCCUCCUGGGAGCCCAGCGCUGCCCUUGUGCGCCCUCCCGCCUGCCCGCUUCUUCGCGCACUGUUGUCAUGGAGGAGCCAAGAUGGCGGCCCUGGCCUACAGCUUGGGCAAGCGGGAAAUCAACCACUACUUCAGCGUGAGGAGCGCCAAAGCCCUGGCGCUGGCCGCUGUUCUCCUGCUCACCGCCUGCUACGCCGUCUCCCGUCGGUAUCAAGGUAAUGAUACAUGUGAAUAUCUUCUCUCUACUGGAAGAUUCCUUGGGGACAAGACAUGGCAACCUUAUAGCUGUAUGAUGCAUAGAUAUAAACAGAGUGAAGCAAAAUCAUGCCUCAAAAACAAAUAUAUUGCAUUUAUAGGCGAUUCUAGGAUUCGUCAGCUAUUCUACUCAUUUGUAAAACUCAUAAACCCUCAAAUUAAGGAGGAAGGAAACAAGCAUGAAAACAUUCCUUUUGAAGACAAAUUAUCUUCACUUAAAGUGGAUUUCCUGUGGUAUCCAGAAGUCAAUGGUUCUAUGAAGCAAUGUAUCAAGGCUUGGAUUGAAGGUUCUUCAUCCAAACCUAAUAUUCUUGUAGUAGGAGCUGCUACGUGGUCUAUAAAAAUUCAUAAUGGCAGCAAUGAAGCACUCACACAAUACAGGAUCAACAUCACUUCAAUUGCACCCCUUCUGGAAAAGUUGGCAAGGAGUAGUGAUGUCUAUUGGGUCUUGCAAGAUCCAGUUUAUGAAGAUAUGUUGAGUGAAAGCAGGAAAAUGAUCACUAAUGAGAAAAUAGAUACUUACAAUGAAGCAGUGGUCAGUAUUCUGAACAGCAGCUCAAAAAAUUCAAAAGCUAAAGUAAAAGUUUUUAGUGCAUCUAGAUUAAUAGCAGAAGAAACUAUAAUUCAGUCAUCAGACGGCUUACAUCUUCCUGAAUCAAGCAGAGAAAUAAGUGCAAUGAUUCUAAUGAACAACCACUGCAACAAGAUUGUGAAACCUAUUGAUGGCUCAUGCUGCCAACCUCAGCCUCCUGUGACUUUGAUACAAAAGCUAGCUUUUUGCUUUUUGGCUUCAUCUGUAAUUGGAUAUUUGAUUCUUAUUCUUAUUCGUCGUAACAAUAACCAGAAGAACAAACUGUGCACUGAUAUGGAGAGUGGAGAAGAGAAAAAACCUGCCACUAAUUCUCCAACAGUUUCUACUCUAGAGACACUUUUCCAGUCCUUGUGCAAACUUGGCUUAAUUAUGGGCUACUUCUACCUGUGUGAUAGAGCAAACCUGUUUAUGAAAGAAAACAAGUUUUAUACUCAUUCAUCUUUUUUUAUACCAAUAAUUUAUAUCUUGGUGUUAGGAAUAUUUUACACGGAAAAUACUAAAGAGACUAAAGUGUUAAAUAGGGAGCAGACUGAUGAAUGGAAAGGAUGGAUGCAGCUUGUCAUUUUGAUCUACCAUAUUUCUGGAGCAAGCACAUUCUUGCCAGUGUACAUGCACAUCCGUGUUUUGGUUGCUGCAUAUCUAUUCCAAACAGGCUAUGGACAUUUCUCAUACUUUUGGAUUAAAGGAGAUUUUGGCAUUUAUAGAGUGUGUCAGGUUUUGUUUCGACUGAACUUCCUGGUUGUGGUGCUAUGCAUUGUAAUGGAUCGAUCUUACCAAUUCUAUUACUUCGUUCCUCUAGUCACUUUCUGGUUUUUAAUCAUAUAUAUUACAUUAGCUCUAUGGCCUCAAAUUAUCCUGAAAAAAGCCAAUGGUAGUUUCUUCUGGCAUUCUGGCUUGCUGUUAAAAUUAGGAUUCCUGUUUGUCUGCAUUUAUUUUUUAGCAUACUCUGAGGAUCUGUUUGAAAAGGUUUUUUCUAUAUGGCCAUUGUCCAUGUUUUUUGAACUAAAUGGGAGCGUCUAUGAAUGGUGGUUUAGAUGGAAAUUAGAUCGAUAUGUUGUUUUCCACGGAAUGUUGUUUGCUUUCAUUUAUCUAACUUUUCAGAAACGACAGGUCCUCUCAGAAGGAAAGGGAGAGCCACUCUUUCCUACCAAAGUUUCAAAUAUUUUCUUAUUUAUUUCAGUAGUGUGUUUUUUGACAUAUUCCAUCUGGGCAAGCAGUUGUAAGAAUAAAACUGAAUGUAAUGAAAUGCAUCCUUCUGUUUCAGUUGUGCAGAUUUUAGCUUUCAUCCUAAUUAGGAAUAUACCUGGCUAUGUUCGUUCAGUAUACAGUUCAUUUUUUGCAUGGUUUGGCAGAAUUUCUCUUGAGCUCUUCAUCUGUCAGUAUCACAUCUGGCUGGCAGCAGAUACAAAAGGAAUCUUGGUCCUUAUUCCAGGAACCCCCAUGCUCAAUAUUAUUGUCAGCACUUUUAUAUUUGUCUGUGUGGCUCAUGAAAUUUCCCAGAUCACAAACGAUCUUGCACAGAUUGUUGUUCCAAAAGAUAAUGUAAUGCUGUUGAAGAGAUUAAUAUGGGCAUGUGUGUUUUUCUCCGGAUUUCUCUUUUUAUCAUCUUUUCAAAAACAGUAAAGGUGGUAACUUCCACAAAAUCCUUCAUUCAUUGCUUCCGCUUCAUUUUAUAUCUCCUGAAUCAAAUUAAAAUCAGCUGGAAUUACAUCCUCUCUCAAUUUUGCUUCUGUUCCUGGGGAGCAGAAGAAAAAGAAACAUAGGAAGUACACUAAACAUGUAUAUGUUGCCUAAGGAUAACAUCUGUUCAGGAAAAUAGGAAUGCAUUAUAUACAACUGUAUGGAGAGAGAAAAAUUGAUUUUUCUGGAGAAUUAUUCUGUUUACAAACCUUUCUAAAAUUAAUGUAACAAUCAAGCAAAAUGAGUUCAGCUAAAGGCAUUUAAGACUUUUUCUGGAAGCAUUUCUUAAAAUGAUUAAUAAUUAUUUACAUCCACUGUAUGGAAAAACAAAACUGCUUAUGCUGCAACAAAUUACAUAACCCACCUCUUGAUGGCAUUUUGAAUUCUUGGAAUCAGAUAGAGAAAUAAUUGAAGACCAGAAGGCUUCAACAGAGUACUGCAUAGAAUCUGGGAACAAAAUGUCUGUAGUGAUUUAUUUAAAUUUCUGGGUAUAUCUAUUAUUUCUGGGGAACUUCUCAAGAACUGAGGAAUAAAAAGACACUGAAAUAUAAUCUUAAUGUUUACAAACUGAAUUUCAGUUCAGUAGAUCUUCAGCCAAUUUCUCUGCAUUUAAUGAUUGACAUUCACUUUGAAUAUUUUGAGCAGUCUUAUUUUUCUUCCACUAUUUAUUUUUAAAUCAGUAUUUUCAAGUCUCUUUAGUUUCAAAUGUUAAUUGGAAAUUUAAUAUUUCCUGUGAUUUUCCUUUGAAUUCCCCUUUCCAUAUGCUGCUGAGUUACAUUUCACUUCAGUUUUUCUUUUUCUUUUCAUGAAAAUAAUUUCAUUGGAACCAGAUAACUUUAUCUGACACACUUCUUCAAACAAGUUGGGCAUUUAGCUGUGAUUGUUCUGUGAUUUCUGUAAUAAUUACUUUUUGGCUUGGGAGAAAGUUUUUUUAUUCAGAAUUUGCAUGGACUGCAUGAGAAGGACAAAAAAAUUACCUCCUCAAAUAUAGGAAUUUCAAAGCUAUUUUACCAAUCACUGUUUUAAAAGGGCUAUGAAGCUGUUGUCAUUUCUUUUUGAAAUUAAUCAUGCACAACCCCAUACAAAAUAGGUAGUUCAGGAAUAGUAUUAUAAGGUUAUGAAACACAAAAUGC